UUCCUUGUGGUCCAUACACAUUCUAGAAAAGAAUACCAUAAAAGAAGAACACGGUCGCUCAUAAAAGCAUAAAAAAAGCAUCGAUCCACUUGAUUCUUUUCUCUCGAUCUCACAACCUCAAAAUCAUCGGAAGCUAAGAUCUAAGUAAUCGUUUUUGUUUGUGAGAAAUGGCGACAAAGAAGAGCGUAAGCAGUUUGAAGGAAGGAGAUCUGAAGGGGAAGAAGGUGUUUGUUAGGGCUGAUCUUAAUGUGCCCUUGGAUGACAGCUUUAAGAUCACCGAUGACACACGUAUCCGCGCCGCCGUCCCUACUAUCAAAUAUUUGAUGUCUAAUGGCGCCAGAAUCAUCCUCUCUUCUCACCUGGGACGUCCUAAGGGUGUUACACCAAAAUACAGCCUGAAGCCACUUGUGCCUAGACUCUCUGAGCUCCUUGAAGUCGAGGUCAAGAUGGCAAGUGAUUGCAUAGGUCCAGAAGUUGAGAAACUGGUGGCUGAGCUCCCAGAGAGGGGUGUUUUGCUUCUUGAAAAUGUCAGAUUCUAUAAAGAGGAAGAAAAGAACGAUCCUGAAUUCGCAAAGAAGCUUGCAUCACUAGCAGACUUGUAUGUUAAUGAUGCAUUUGGCACUGCACAUAGAGCACAUGCAUCUACUGAAGGUGUUACAAAGUACUUGAAGCCUUCUGUUGCUGGAUUCCUCAUGCAAAAGGAGCUUGACUACCUAGUUGGAGCUGCUAAAGGGGUGUCUCUGUUACUCCCUACUGAUGUUGUAAUUGCUGACAAGUUUGCUGCAGAUGCGAACAGCAAGAUUGUUCCAGCCAAUAGUAUUCCUGAUGGCUGGAUGGGAUUAGACAUUGGUCCAGAUUCCAUUAAGUCAUUCAGUGAAACUUUGGAUACUACUCAAACUGUUAUCUGGAAUGGACCUAUGGGUGUGUUUGAGUUUGAGAAGUUUGCUGCAGGAACAGAGGCUAUUGCAAAGAAACUGGCGGAGCUUAGUGGAAAGGGAGUGACAACCAUCAUUGGAGGUGGUGAUUCGGUUGCAGCAGUGGAGAAGGCUGGGCUAGCUGACAAGAUGAGCCACAUCUCGACAGGUGGCGGUGCCAGCUUGGAGCUUCUAGAAGGAAAAACACUUCCAGGUGUGCUCGCCUUGAAUGACGCUUGAGCCCCUGUCUUUUGAUCUUGUUUUGUGUUUUGAACCAGGGUCAGAAAUGUCAUAAUGGAAGCCAACUUUUGCGGUUUUUUGACGGUUUUAAGUUUAGGGUAGAAGUUAAUAAAAAGGUCAUGUGAAGGUGUGUGUGAACAUAUUGUGGCCUUUGUUUUUUGAGCAUUCAUAUGGUUCUUGAGUUGGAAUCAUUUUCCCUUGUAUGAAUGACACGUUGUAUUGGUGAUUUGAUGAUGUGUCAUGGUAAAAUAUGUUGCUUUA